UAUUAGUGUAUUUUAGUAUUUUUUAUAAAUACCGUCAAAAAAUAUCUCUAUCAAGAAGGUAUUUUUAAAUAAAAUAUAUUUUUAAAGUGCUUACAUUUUACUUUGAAUUUUCUAUUAGAUUAAUUUUAUUAAAGUACUAUUUUUGAAUUUACGAAUUGUACAUUAAUUGAUGUGUGUUCGUAUUACAGUGUGAAUUCUCAGUAAACAUGUUGUAAACUUACAAGUUUAGUUUUCUGUAUUUUGUAACUAUUUUUAUAGAAAAAAAAUGGCAUCUGCUCUGUCCGCUUAUUGGGUGCGAUUCUUUAAGAACGCCGGCUUUCCACAAGAUGUGGCAACAAAGCACGCAGUUGUAUUUUCAAAUAAUCGAAUAAAACCAGAUAUGCUUCCCGAUUUGGAUAAACCAAGUUUAAAAGAAAUGGGCAUUACAUUAAUGGGCGAUAUGAUAGCAAUACUUCGCUAUGCAAAACGAGUUGUCGAAGAGACAACGUGUGAGAAAUUUUUAGUUGACACUGAAGAUACACCGGUACCAACAGUGAGAACAAUUGUGAAACCUGUGGUAAAAAAAGUUGUCCCUAAAAUUGUGCCAAAAAGCACAGUAUUAAGUAAAGUAAAACCUGUUGUUACAACAAAAAUAAAUGCAAAUACAAUUUCAAAUACAAUUGUUAAGAAAAAAGUCUUAUCAAAUAUAACAAAACCAUCAAUAAUAAAUAGAGAUGAAAAAAAGGCAGUAAAGAGAAAAAUAGAGAAUAAAAAAAUUGAAAUAUUGGACAGUGAUUCAGAUGAUUCAGACGAUGAUGAUGAUGUUAAUGAUAAUGAUGAUUGGAAAAUUGAAUCACAAAAGAGAUUAAAGGCAGUUAAGGAUGAUGUUGAUUAUAAGGUGAUAAUGCCUAAAGGAACGACAGUGAGAAGUCAACAAAUUUUAAAAAAAGCUAUCGAUCAAAAAUUAACUGUAUUCGAUAGAUUGGGCGAUAGUUCUGUGACAAGUACAACUAAUUUAGCUGAAUCAACGACAACAUUUAAUAUCACUGGACUUGGUAAAGAUGUGAUUAAACGAAAUUCUAGUGUAUUUAAUCGACUUGGUGGUAAAGAUUUAUUGAAGAAAAAUGAGAUAUCAAUUUCAAAUGCAACAGCGGCAGCGACAACAACAACAGCAACAACAACAACAAUAAAAAAUGGAUCAAGUGUAAAGCCAAUGCAAGGUAUAUUGAAAGCUCGAUUGCCUAUUAAAACAACUAUUAUUUCAUUGAAUAAACAAUCGAAGAAUAUAAAGAAGCCUGGUGGAACAAUGAGAGCUGAUCGUGAAACUCAUAUUAAAGCACCAUCAAAUAGCGUGAAGCAACUUAUUAAAAAUACUAAGAGUAUUACAGUCACACAAAGAAGUCCAAUAACUAUUAAAAAAAUGCCAGCUAACAGUAAAUUAGCAUCCGAGAGAGUGUCGUCAGUUCCAGCGAAAGCUCGACUUGGCAUUUCGGGAACAUCACCAAAACAAGUUACCUUCAAUAGUUUUGCAUCAAUUGCGCACGUAAAAAAACCUGGAGUUUUUAGUAGACUUGGACUUUAAUAUUAGAGUUUUGAAUUUUUCCGUCUUAUUGUAAAUAUUUUAAUUACUAUACAAGUUUGAAUGAUUAAAGUAUGAAUCGAAGAAUUUUUUGUAAGAAAAGAAAAAAAUACAAAACAAAGAGUUUUCCACAAAUUUAAGUUUUGAAGACGAAUUAAGUUAAAUAUAUUUUUUUUUAUAUUAACAAUUUGACAUUAUUAAUGAAAUUAACUUUAAAAAAAAUUUUUUUUUUUUAAUCGGCUAUUGUACAAAAUUUAAAGUGUACAAUAUAAAUAAUUAAAUAAAAUAAUAAUUCAAAAUAACAAAAUUAAAAUAGAUACAUGAAAAUUUAAUAAUAAGGAAAGGUUAUUGUACACAAAACAAAAAAAUUUUGUAAUUACAUAGAAAACAAUAGAUUAUAAUUCUCCAAUAAUUACAUGUUUGUAAUGCUUUAUAAUAUAAUUUUGUCGCAAUUAACAAUAUAA